UACAUAGGAGUCAUACCAAGCAUAGCCUGCAUGUCAGUGCAGUUAACUUGCAGCGGGCUGUGAGGAGAAUUAGCAUGUCUUUGUCCUAGGAAAUCUUUGCUGUUCCAUCUCCCCCCCACCCCCAAUUUGGAGCCUUCUGUCAGCAAUUUUGAUUAUAAUUGGGGACACAAUACACUUUAGUCUCUGUCUCCAGUUCUAAAGCCCUUGAAGGGGACUUUUUCUUCCCUCCCCCACUUUUUUUCCAACUCGCUUUUAAUAUACUUUGUUUUGAUUAGUCGGAGGCUGGGCCUUGAGCUUGCAGAACACGGAAAGGAGCCAGGAGCUACUCAACAGCAUUUGCCGCGUUUUGUGGGGCAAAAGCAAGCAAGCUGGUCUUCUUUGCUAGCCCACUAAAUGCUAUUUAUGAAGAUGGACCUGUUGAACUACCAGUACUUGGACAAGAUGAACAACAAUAUUGGCAUUCUCUGCCAAUAUGAAGGUGAAGCUGCUCUAAGAGGGGAGCCCAGGAUGCAGACCCUCCCGAUAUCCUCUGCUAUAACCAACCAUAGGACAGGGCCUCCCCCUAUCAAGAGGAAAUUCAGCAUGGACCAAGGAGAUGAUGAUCUAGACUGUGAAAAUGAACAUGUCUCUAAAAUGAGUCGAAUGUUCAGUCCCCAUCUAAUGAAGACGGCCAAUGGGGAUUACCGAAAAGAGCACAGAGAAAGAAGUCGGAGUCCAAUAGAACGGGCCGCUGCACCAACAAUGAGCCUCCAUGCUAAUCACAUGUAUGCCUCAAUCCCAAGCUUAACCAUGGAUCAACCUCUAGCACUGACCAAAAACAGCAUGGACGCUACCCGCUCUGUAAGCAUCACUCCCACAAUGAUGUCGGUGGAACGGCAGCAGAACCGUCCAUCCGUAAUCACGUGUGCCUCUGCGAGCAAUCGUAACUGCAAUCUCUCUCAUUGUCCGAUUGCGCACAGUGGAUGUGGCACUGCCAUGCCAUCCAGUUACCGGAGACCAUCUAGCACUACCAAUGCUUGUGAUCCAGUGGUAGAAGAGCACUUCCGCAGAAGCCUUGGGAAGAAUUACAAGGAGCCAGAGCCAGUGACAAACUCUGUAUCCAUCACAGGAUCCGUUGAUGACCACUUUGCCAAAGCACUUGGAGAUACAUGGCUUCAGAUUAAAGCUGCGAAGGAUGGAGUGUCGAGCAGUCCCGAAUCUGCCUCCAGGAGGGGCCAGUCAUCUUCUCCUUCCUCCCAUAUGGUCAACCAUAAUCAUUCACCUUCUGUAGUCUCAUGAAGAGAGGACCAGAGUUUCUUCAUCCAACGUGAAUUUGCAUGGUUUGACUGAGCUUGGAACAGGGCUCAAAACAAAAUAGUGUUUGGGAGGAAGGGCUCUGAGAGGUGAUUUGUGUUCAACACACAUUUUGUGUACUUGCUUGCUUUUUAUACGAGUUUCCCCAUAAAAGAUAGCAGGAACUAUUUGAUUAAAAACAAAUUCUAUGAUGUAGCACUCCCCCCCGCCCCGGCCUCAGUUACCAAAGAAACCUCUGAUGCAAAUCUGCUGCCCCUUUUCUAAAAAAAACACAGAAGCAAGUUAAUGGGCAAAAAAGAAAAAAAGCCAUUCUGUACAGUUGGUUGACCCAAAUACUGUGUGCUUUGAUUAGCUUCUUGAGACUAGAAUUUGCCUGGGUUUUGCUUCCAUUGCUUUCUUCUCCCUUUGUGAAGUAACUUUGUAUGUAUAUACUUGAAAAGAACUGUCAUGUAUGAUUUGCACUAUUGGAGGAGGUCUAGAGUUGCAUAGCAACUUCAUGCACGAUGCUUAUAUUUGGAGAGCAAACUGCUUGGAAAAAAUAGUCUAAAGAUGAUGUUUCUAUGUCGCUUUAAAGCAAGAAAGCAGCAUUGCUUAGGAAGGGGAAGUCUCAUACAGGUUAUAGGUCUUUCUUUAGAUUCAGGUGCUUAGUGCUUGCAACUGGACUGCAUAAUUGACUGAUCAUGGGCAUUUACAUUUUUCUUAACACUGCAGUUUGUUAGAAUAGAGCUGAGGCCAGAGGGUUCAAUAGUGCUUAAAGAUGCAUGUUUUAUGGAAAAAAUAGCUGGUAUCUAUUAAUGUAUAGACAGUAAGAAACAUAGUACUUAUUAGCCUUUGUUGAGAACUAGUUUUAUUUUAUUUUUUUCUUCAGUAACAGUCAUAGAUAGACUUACUGCUGGUACAGUUGUACUCUGAUAUUUGUAUUUGAUAUUCACUUUAGUAGCAGCCAGCAACCAUGGACAGCCUCAGAUGAGGCCUCAAAUGAAGCAGUUUAUACUAUACAGGAUGCUCUAGUUGCAUUUGUUACCGAAUAAGCAAUUUACAUCUGCGGCAUCAUCUACUUAAUAAAAAUCUGAUGUCUAAAAUUUUAGAAGCUAACUUCAAUUAGUUGCAGAAAAUGCUUUUUAAAUAUUUUGUCUGAACAACAGAUUGUGAAAUGCAGUCUUUAGUUUCUGAGGCUGUUUGUAAACCUAGGCCAAGGCACCAUACAUUCCUCCAUUUAAAAAAAAAAAAAAAGGUUUAUAGCGGUGUUACUUGCAUUUAUUUCAUUGCUAUAUUAAUAGCCACUAACUAGCUAAUAGAGGCAGGCAUAAAGAGCAGGCUUGUGUUAGUAGUCAUGAGCUUCUUGGCUUUUUGUUAAACGCAGCAAAUCGCCCACUCCUUGUCCCCACCCUACACAUUCCACCAUUCCCCAGUACAAUUACAUCUCAGGCUGGUUAUGAUGGGCUACCUGACAAGACUGGCUCCAUUAAGAGAGAGAGAGAGAGGGUAGUUAAAAGACAGAACUACAUGUGAUGUAUUCUGGACUGUGUUACAGUAUCGGGUCCAUAUUGGCUUUGACAUUUUAGAAUAAAAAUGUUAAGCUAUUUAAUCUGAAAAGGAAAAAAAGGCACAAGGUAGAAAAGACCAGAAGAUUUACCUUUUUGUGUUUUGUUUGUUUUGCAUGCUGAGUGUGGCUGCCUAACUUUAAAAGCAGGAAAAAGAUAACAGAAGCUCCUCCCUCAUCACACAUCUCACUACCAUCGUACUGGGUAGUCAGUGCUCAAGCUGCUUUGGCACCCAGCACCCUACUCCCUAUAAGAAAAUUGCAGAAAAACACACACACUUUUUUAUAUAGGUAACUUUAAGACCAUCAUUACGCUGUGCGUAAAGAAUGUACAGAGAAAUUUGUAGGUAUUUUUUGAGGAACAAUUAAUUUGUUAAUGAUAUGUAGUUAUUUAAUUUUUCCCUUUCCUUUAUUGUAAUCAUUCUUUUUUUUUUUUUGGUCUGGAGAAAAAAAGUUGAUCUUUUUUUGUUGUAGAUGUGUCUGUAAUACAGUAAAAAGUGCAGGAACACAGUUAUUCUAUGAGAACACUGCAUUAGCAAUUAAUAGCCACUAGUGUGUUAUUGCUACAGGCUACUGAGCGGUCUAACAGGAAAGUACUAAUGGCUGUAGAUGGACUCUGUGGGAUCUGUAACUCCUUUGACAUUUCUUUUAAGCACAAUAUUAUAAAGUCAAGUUUACUUAUCUGUGAUAAGUAAACAGAUUUGUGGGGGAGGUUAAGAUUGGCACCUUGGUCCUAACCAUACAAUACUUGGAAGUAAAUUGUAUUGAUUUUAGUGGAACAAACUUCAAAGUAGGUGUGUUUAGGAUUAUAAAUUCAGUGUGGUGUGUCCCAUGUUAUAAUCAUUAGGGGGGAAAUACUCCAUGGGGAAAAUAAUUCUUUGUGAAAGUGAAAGCCAAAGGGGUUAGGGUGGGAGGAGGAGGAAGGGUCUUAACCUCACUGUUAGUUGAAGUUUUAUCACAGAGCCAUGGUAUCUACAGUUCAGCUUGAACAAUGCUCUCCAUUCUUUGUAAAUCUGUAAUAUAUCAUUCUUUUGUGGCCUUGUUUCACCUGGAGAUUUUUAAAAAAGGUUUGGCAGGCCAUCUUUUUUUUUGUACUUAAAAGUAGCCUUAAUGAACAAUAAAGUGCUCUUAAAUCUCUCA